GACAGGAAGGGGCUGGGCUUCGCAGUGGGCGCUUCCGGUUCCGGCGCCAGGAGGAGGGCGCGCUGCUAGUGCCGCCGCCGUCGUCCGUCAGUCAGGCUGCGCCCGCGUCUUCCGAAGCCGGUUCCGUGGGACCCAUCGCCGUUGCUGCGCCGCGCCGCGGGCUCGGAUCCUGCCAGAUCAGAGACGCCACCUCUCCGAAUGUCCUUCCCAUCCUGCUCAUGUCCCCAAAGCCCUGCUCUGCCUGGCUCAUAGGUUCCAGUGAGUGUCUGAAUAAAGGAAGAUGUCUGAUGAGUUUUCGUUGGCAGACGCGCUCCCCGAACACUCCCCCGCCAAAACCUCUGCAGUGAGCAACUCCAAAUCCAGCCCAGCGCCCCAGGGCUGGCCCAGCUCCAGCCCCUGGAACAACCCGAGCGCUCCGCCCUCCCUGGCGUCCGGACCCCCGCCGAGCGUGACACCCUCCACCGGGCCUUUUGGAGCCACACCCCCAGGAAUGUACCCCUCCGUGCCUCCUGCUGGACCGCCCCCGGGACCCCCGGCCCCCUUCCCUCCGUCUGGACCCUCGUGCCCCCCGCCCGCGGGCCCUUACCCCGCCCCGGGCACGGGGCCGUACUCCACCCCAAACAUGCCCUUCCCGGAGCUCCCCAGGCCCUACGGCGCGCCCGCAGACCCGGCCGUGGGCCCCUUAGGUCCGUGGGGCUCCGUGUCUUCUGGAUCUUGGGCGCCGGGCAUGGGGGCGCAGUAUCCCAGCCCCAAUAUGCCCUAUCCUCCGGGGCCGUACCCCGCUCCUCCGCCCCAGGCCCCGGGCACAGCACCUCCCGUUCCGUGGGGCUCGGUGCCACCAGGAGCCUGGGGGCCACCGGCACCAUACGCCGGCCCCGCAGGCUCGUACCCCACACCAGGACUCUACCCUGCCGCCAGCAACCCUUACCAAGUGCCUUCAGGACCCUCUGGCGCUCCACCGAUGCCUGGUGGCCCCCACUCUUACCAUUAAGUUAACAAUGGACGAAGAGAUGACGCUUUGCUUUUUGAAGUACAUACAUGUGCACAUGAAUGCAUAUAUAAAAACUCCCAGUCUCUCUAUUAGAGGGCAUUCAUGAAAGAACAACUCUUGCGCCUCUCAGAAGAUAUCUGCCUCUUGUACUUGGAUAUGUAGUGCAUCGAAUGGAUACAAUCAGAUGUAAAUGUAGAAGUAAAUUGAGCAGAUGUGAUUUUUAUUUGGCUUUCAUGGAAAGUUAAAGUGAUUAUAUUGAAUAGCUCAUUGCUAAAUUUUAAAUUUUGAAACCACACACUUAAAAAUGUAAGAUAAGGAUUAUUGUUGAAAUAAUUUGCCAGUGAAGUUGUAGAUUCUAGGUAUUUUUCUAUAACGUCUUUUACCCCUAAAUAACUGAGAGGUUUGUUUUUUUUUUUCGGUACUGGGGAUUGAACUCAGGACCUUGCGCUUGCGCGGCAGGCAUCAGAACCACUGAGCUAAAUCCCCGGCCCUAAAUAACUAUGAAAACAAUCACAUUUUAUUCUAAAUAAAUGAUGCCCCUUAGCAUUUUGAGCUGCUGUCUGUGGAUUAAAUAAAUCUAGGCAUGCUAGGGUUAUUUUUUGGAUAUACAUUGUCAGGUGUCACAUUCAUCAUCCAGCCACCGUUCAUCUUUAUCCUUGAGCUAUUAGUAAAAAUCUUUUAUGCCACAUGGGUCACUAACAUGUGCCAUUUAUGAAACUGGUUUUUUCACUCAGUGCUGGUGAUGGAAUCCAGGGCCUUGCACAUGCGAGGCAGGCUUUCUACCACUGGGCUCCUCUCCAGGCCUGACUUUGUCCUUUUAAUCCAGGCCACGUGUGUGUCAAUUACAUUCUUAGAGAACCAGCGCUGUGCUUGACGGUGGAUUGUGAGGUGUAUGUUGUUUUGUUUUGUUUUUUGGUACCGGGGAUCGAACUUGGGUCCUUGCGCUUGCAAGGCAGGUGGCAGAACCACUGAGCUAAAUCCCCAGCCCAUGAGGUGUAUGACUGGGAAGAGCUCGAGGAAAGAAUUCUCUCCUUUGUUUUAAACCUUAAACAAGUAAGACCUAGGAAUUGCUUCUUCCAAGUGAUUUUAAUUCUCGAAGAACCUAAGGCAGAUCCCGUGCCAGGCUCUUCCCUGCAGCCUCCCUGUCCCCCCAGUUCCCCAGGAGCACAGAGACUGGCACACACGGGGCUCUGUUAGAGCAGAGCAGUUGUGCUUGGAGAGCCCAAGUCAGACAGGCAUGGCAGCGUCUUUGUGCAAGUGGAGUCCAAAGCUUACCUGUGUUUCAGUCUGGUUAGGUCAUGUCACUGCUCUUGCAGUUUCCCCAAUCUGUGAAGUGUUCAUGGCUGACAAUUCAGUUCUUUGUUGACAGGCAGAUAAAUAGAAUUGAGUAUCCUCUUUGAAAAAGUUACUUUAGUUCUAACACUGAAAAUAAUAGACUGUAGAUUUCCACAGCUGAGUUUGAAGCAGUGACCAUGUCGUUUCGAUAGUGUUUAUAAUACAGAAGAGCCUCAGUAGCUUUUUGCCACCUUGUCUUUGAGUCAAAGUCCUAGGCUUGGGGUAGACGUGACCUUAUUUUAUCAGAUAACAUUUUGAAUGUAUCCAUUGGGUCUCUAAAAUGUAUUGUGAAUUUCUCAGAUGCAUAUAAGAAAAGAUUUAUGCUGGAGAUGUUUUUACUUUGAAAUAAAAUAUUCAGUAGUUUACCUUUCCUAUAAUUAAAAUGUCAAUUGCUGCCCAUACCAUGGUUUGAUAGCUACCUCCUUAUAAGAAAAUAAGAUAGUCACCUUUGAGAGGAACAUUUAGCAUUCAAGCCUCCUUUAAGUAGUGGAUAGAUCCUGUGUUCAGAAUUGACCAAGGUAGAAACUAAUUUGUUCAGAUAAUAUCAGAUUGACAUGUUCUUAGGCAGAUCUUACACAGUGGCAAAAGUAGACAGAUUGCUUUCACUUCUUUGCAAGGACCGAUGAGAGCUAUUCAUAAUACCCUAGAACAACUCAGCGCAGCCCAGCCGCCUGUCUACAAGCCGGGUAACUAGGUAUCCUACAUAGUUAAAUUACCCAUUAGUCAGUUAACCAGCAGGAUAGGAAGGAAAGUGAGGUGACAGCAAAGAUACCUCUGUUCAUAGCUAUCUUGGUUGUCCUGCCUUGGAAUACAUUAACAGCUCUGGCUUUAGAUGCAGGAUUUAACAUAACGCUAAGGAUAUAGAACAGAAGGGUUAGCACAUGCCAGAAUCUAUAAUCAUGGUGUCCAUGGUUACAGGAAAAAAAUCUUUUUGCUAAAGGAUUUGAAGGGCCAUAAACCCAAGAUUUGAGACACCACACCCAAGAGGAGAGAGUAACUUUGCUGGUGACCCAUCCUGCCCACUGUUUGCUGACACGGCCACGCUAACCAUUGGCCUACCUUCCUCGCCUGCGGUGGUGGUGGACCUGCAGUUAGCUGGCAGCAUCUCGGUUCCUCUUGGGCACUGAGCCAGAAAGUGCUUUCACGAUCAGGGUAGAGUCAAGAAAAGCAAAAGCGUCAGUGGACAGAUAGGAAAAAGCAUCCAGAGGAUUUUCCCUUCUUUCUAAAGGAACACUGGUUUCCAAAAUAAGUCAGGCUAGGCUGCCAUUGGUUUAUGGAAGACGGCUUGUUAGCAGGCAGGCUCGGUCAUAAUGCAGAUUAUAGAUAUGCUGAUGUUUGGGCUUUAGACAAGAGUUUUUAAAUAAGUUUGAUUGAGAUUGUUGAUGCGUUCUGAAGUUAGUCUUAGGUUUUGAAAUGCUGAGCCCCAAAAUGACCAUGCAGAUGAAAGCCUAGCCCCAAGUCCACAUCCCCACUUAGCAAGAAUGCUGCUCACAGGAAGGCUUCAAACUCUGGACUGUCUGCUGCAUCCCUGCCACCUCUGAGUAGUGAUGUCGUGGUCAUCUGGGAAGAUGCACAUUCUCAGGCUAGGGACACCUCACUCAUCUGUCCCUUGCACUGAUUGUCUUCAGGCCGAGAAAGAGGUCUCUCAGAGCAGUCACCACCGAAUGAGCUCUCCGAAGUCAGCUCGCCUGCGACGUGUAUUACCUCACAAAGUUAGUGCUACACCUUUGUCCUCGAACGUAGGCUCUGAAAACUCGGUUAGAUGAAAGCAGCUCUGCUCCGCAUUGCACUUCGUUGUUCUGAGCAGUGCUGUGUCCUCCAGCGUCAGGGCUGCGGGCUCUGGAAGUGGGCCUAAGGCCAGACUGGCCUGGAGCACAUGGAUCAUCUGCUUAGGAAGGAAGUGGUGGGGCUCCGCUCAGGGAGGACAAUCGGUAAAGCAGUGCAACAGACAGCCACUGUUCUAUUUUCAGAACUCUGCCAAACUGAAAACAUUUGCCAAACAAAACAAAAUUUGCCAAUACAAUAAAAUGAGCAGUAUUAGAGUACCACGCGAGCUUCUGGCCACAGAAAACAUCUGAGGACUUCACGCAACAGACCAAGUGUCUGAUCCUGGUGCUAGGCCAGAGGCCACCCCGUCUCCAAAGGGACGUGCUCUUGGGGACUUUUGAGUUCCCACCCACCCAGGCUCGGGACCUGGCAGGGAGCAGCAGGACACCUGCUGCUGCGGGCUCUAGUCGGGCGCGUUAGAAAGGGCCAUGCGCUCACAGGUUUCUUUCACUUACACUAUUUUCCAAGAUUGCCACGUGAUCACUGCAGCCCUCCAGUGUGCAGACGAGUGGGAGUCUCCUCUCCCGGAUGAAAGCUUGUUCACUGCCUGUGACUUAGGAGCAGAUGUGGAUUUCUGGCCAUUAAGUAGACUUCUUAUGUGUGCUCUAUAUAAAAGUUUUAUAGUUUUUUCUUUCUUGUAAUUGUGAUUUUUUUUCAUUGGCUUAAUAACAAGUUUAACGUAUGUAACUGACUUUGCAUUUUAAGUUAAACUGCCCAAAAUGUGAUUGGAGACAUACACAUUUGUUUGUAUUACGAACUGGUAGAACUGUAAAGCAAUCUGUUUGUAACGUUAGGUUUCAUUACCUGCUGCUGUAUUUGUAAACGACAAAUGUUGCUUUAAGAAGUAAUUAUAAUUAGGAACAGACUAUGGAUGUGAUACUUGAUAUUUUUUAAGAUAAACUUGUUUGCUUUUGUGUACUCUACCUGUAAGCUUUUUUUAAAAAUGUAUUUUUAUGGUUUCA